GAGAAGGCACCGUGAGGCCAGGGGGCGGGGAGAAAGGGGGCAUCAUGGCCGCCCCCAGUGGGCUGCGUCCGGGGACUUGUGGGAGUUGCGCUAACCGGCAGCUCGGCCACAGCGGACCCGCCUUCUUCCCUCAUCAGCGGAUCCUUGGUCCGGCCGGGACAGUUGUGUGAGGCGGCGGCUGGAGAGGGACCCAUGGGGACGGUGCACGCCCGGAGUUUGGAGCCUCUUCCAUCAAGUGGACCUGAUUUUGGAGCAUUAGGAGAAGAAGCGGAAUUUGUUGAAGUUGAACCUGAAGCUAAACAGGAAAUUCUUGAAAACAAAGAUGUGGUUGUUCAGCAUGUUCAUUUUGAUGGGCUUGGAAGGACUAAAGAUGAUAUCAUCAUUUGUGAAAUUGGAGAUGUUUUUAAGGCUAAAAACCUCAUUGAGGUAAUGCGGAAAUCUCAUGAAGCCCGUGAAAAAUUGCUUCGUCUGGGAGUCUUUAGACAAGUGGAUGUUUUGAUUGAUACGUGCCAAGGUGAUGAUGCACUUCCAAAUGGGUUAGAUGUUACCUUUGAAGUAACUGAAUUAAGGAGAUUAACAGGCAGUUAUAACACCAUGGUUGGGAACAAUGAAGGCAGCAUGGUACUUGGCCUCAAACUCCCCAAUCUCCUAGGUCGUGCAGAGAAGGUGACUUUUCAGUUUUCCUACGGAACAAAAGAAACUUCAUAUGGCCUGUCCUUCUUCAAACCACGGCCUGGAAACUUCGAAAGAAAUUUCUCCGUAAACUUGUAUAAAGUUACUGGGCAGUUCCCUUGGAGCUCACUGCGGGAGACUGAUAGAGGAAUAUCAGCCGAGUACAGUUUUCCCAUAUGGAGGACCAGCCACACGGUCAAGUGGGAAGGCGUGUGGCGAGAGCUGGGCUGCCUCUCCCGGACGGCGUCAUUUGCUGUUCGAAAAGAAAGCGGACAUUCGCUGAAAUCAUCUCUUUCGCAUGCCAUGGUCAUUGAUUCUCGGAAUUCUUCCAUCUUGCCAAGAAGAGGCGCUUUGCUGAAAGUUAACCAGGAGCUGGCUGGGUACACCGGAGGGGACGUGAGCUUCCUCAAAGAAGAUUUUGAACUUCAGUUGAAUAAACAAUUCGUACUUGAUUCAGUUGUCUCAGCGUCUCUCUGGGGUGGAAUGUUGGUGCCCAUUGGUGACAAGCCGUCCAGUAUUGCUGACAGGUUUUACCUUGGGGGACCGACCAGUGUCCGUGGCUUCAGCAUGCACAGCAUCGGGCCGCAGAGCGAAGGAGACUACCUUGGUGGAGAAGCAUACUGGGCCGGUGGCCUGCACCUGUAUACCCCAUUGCCCUUCCGGCCAGGCCAGGGCGGCUUUGGAGAACUUUUCCGAACACACUUUUUUCUCAACGCAGGAAACCUCUGCAACCUCAACUAUGGGGAGGGCCCCAAAGCUCAUAUUCGCAAGCUGGCUGAGUGCAUCCGCUGGUCCUACGGCGCCGGCAUCGUCCUCAGGCUUGGCAACAUCGCCCGGCUGGAACUUAAUUACUGCAUCCCCAUGGGAGUGCAGGGGGGCGACAGGAUAUGCGAUGGCGUCCAGUUUGGAGCUGGGAUAAGGUUCCUGUAGCUGACGCCCUGCAGGAGGAGCUCUGGGACCCGGGCAGCAGUGUGUCGUCCCCGCCACGGCUGAGCGAUUCUUUGCGGUCCUGGUGGGAAAGCACGUCAAUAAAUUGUAGAGACGCACA